UCAUUCGAUUGUGGCUCCUCCUUGUUUGCUGUCGUAUAUAUACGUCGCUGGUUGUGAAGUUAGCAGAAAAUACGCAAAAAAAAGUUCUCGUACACAAAUCCGCAAAUCUAGUGUUUUUGAUGAUAAAUAACGGCUGUGGAAAUUUCCGCACUAAACGAUCGCGCAAAUAAUAAUCAAUUGAGAAAGGAGGACGGCAUAACCACAUCAUUCAGCAGGGAUUCAUCAUUGAAACUCGGUGGAAUGUCAUUGAACUUCCUGCUUAAAAUUAGACGCAACUGAACAUCAACCGAAAAUCCACUUGCUUACUUCACAAGCUUCACACACGAUAUCGAUUGAUCCGUGGCGGUGAAUGGUGUGGAUAAAUCAUCGAGCUUGUUUGAUAUUGGAUAUAGGAUACCUGCGCAGCAAAGUGGCAUCAGCGUCGAUCAGCAACGAAGAAACACGAACAUAGGAAUAGGCAAAAGAUAGUGGCGCAGCAUUUGAACGCGACUGAAGAUUGUGCAAAACUAGCUCAGGUGCCGAAACCAGUUUUGUUGAGCGGCGAACGCUAAGGCAGAGAUGGCGACCGAUACGGACGAUCAGGAUUUUGAUGAAACGUUGAAAAACUUUCAAUUGCUGACGGGCAUAUCCGCGGCACCCUCAGUAAUAGUGCCACCCAGUAAUCCGUUCAACUUUGCACCAACUGCUCUGGAAGCGUUCCAAGACAGCGAAAGUGUUGUGAAGCAAAUUUUCGGUACGCAUUGCGAAUGCGGAGCUGAGCGGAUGCUACCCACUACCAGUUGUUCUAAUACCACUCCGGGAAAACUCAACCAAUCUCACAGCAAGCACACCACUAGUCUAGAGCACGGUAUCAUUAAUCCCACCCCGUUCAAGCACAGGAUGAAGGGUGAGAAGAAAGCCAUUGUUCGCGAAUCGAUGCUCAAGAACAUAGGAAAGUGUGUUCACCAGACCUUGGCCAAACAGAACAGCAGUUCAAGCAAACAGGCGGAUCAACAGCCACCCUCUUCGAGCACGUUCCUCCCGUUGGUACCGACGGCUUCUCAGCUGAAGCCAUCGCUUUCGGAGAACAAUCUAACCAAAUGUUUCAACAACGAAGAAAACGACGACAUGCUGGACUUCAGGUUACUCGUGGCCCAAUGCAGCGAGUUGACGCUUUCGCACCCAUCUGGCACAAGCAAGCUGUCCGAAGGUGGUCCGAACUUCUCACAGACUAGUUUCAAAUCCCUACGACAGUCCAACCUGGGUACCUUCCAGUCGACUCGUUCAGCAGGCAACAGUGCCAACACGCGCAGAAAUCGCCGAGCACGACAGCUCAAACGCUGCAACAGUACCUCGUCGCUGGAAUCGGACAGCAGCAGCAACAGCGGCAUUCCGUUUGGACUUGGUGCAGCGGGACCCGGUGGCAGCUCCGCUGGUCCAUCCUCCACCAGCAACGCACAGUACGCGAACCAACAGCAACAGCAAUCGCCCAGCGCAUCAUCGCCAUCGUCAUCGUCUUCCUGCUCGACGCAGGCAAGGCUCAACAACUCCAUGCCCUGCGAUAUCACCAUCGACGAGAUGGCCAGCUACUUCGAAACUUUGGUUCAUAUUCCGAAGAAGAUGUCCAGCAUGGCCGAAAUGAUGUACAUCUAGGUGAGCUUUUUAUCCAGUCAUAGUUUUUAUAUGAGAGUAGUAGGUAAAGGAUUGGGUGAGUUUUGGAAGUUGCUUUCCAAUAGAGCGAUAGGAAUGCGAUCCAUUGGGCUGUGCUCAUGUAUCAUAUUACAAUGACGUUAGAAUUACACUGCUACUGAACAACUUUCAUAUGUACGGUCGUGCCACAUAUCUGUAAAUGACAGUUUAAGAACUGCUGCGGUUUACUCGAUGUUAUUUCAUUUUCAGAAAAAUGUGUAUUUAAAUAUGCAAGUUCAUUAAAUCAUUAAAAGUCCUGCUAAUUAGGAUAUUGAGGCGUUUGGUCCGAAGGUUAUUAUUUCAAAGGGUAUUCCCCAAAAAUACAGAUAACUCAAUACAAAAUCUUCAGGGAGUUUUUGACAGCAUUUCAAAUCUCAUAAGAUCACAUAAGCAUUAGAUUUGUAAAAAUCUUCAAUGAGAUAAAUUUUAGUAUUUUAAUGAAUUUAUUCUGAAGAAUAAAAAUUAUAGGAAAGAGCUUGCUGGACCUAAUAUCGGAUAGCAUAGGCAAUAGGCUUAUGUUUUACAACUUUUGCCAGAUGUACCUUCUGUAUUCCCGCUAAACAACAGACGAGUUAACACUGCUGAAUAAUAAUCAUAGCUUGUACCUUGUCUGUAAAAUGAAUCUUGAUUAUGUCUUGGAUGAAAUCCAAUGUUUCAAAAUUACCCCGACUGGAGCAUCUGCAGCCACCUCUUCGUCCAAUUUGUUAGAUAAUUCAAUUCGGAUUCUGGAUAUUCGCUGUUCAAAACAAAUCCUUUUCACUGUGAGUAUAAUCAUGCCUAUUUUAGCUCUACAUAUAUUUAGAAUGUGCUGUGUCUAUUUUUAUGUUCUAUUAGGGUACUAUCACGUUUUGUUUUUUGAAUUUUUUUUCUAAAGAUUAUUAAUGAAUCUAACUAUCAAGCCGGUUUGUACCCUAUAUAAAAAUAAAAUAAAAUUAGAAAUAAACAAAAUUGCAUAUUAGUAGGAUUAUUCCCAUAAAAGUAAAACUUUUAUAAAACUUAGGGCAAUUUCUAGAUAAUGUUAAUUUGGCGAAACAUAAAAUCGGCAAAACAAAAGUAGCUGGUAAAAACGCAUCUCACCUGUAAAAUUUUACACUAGAACAAAAUAACCAGAAACCACUGUUUCCUUUUUUUAAUUUCGUAGACUAAAGCUAAGAUUAACGGAUGGUUGGUACUGAAUUGAUAUACCUACUGAAUAACAGGAUGUAAAAAUAGUUUUUAAUCGAUAUGAUGUGAUGUGAGUUGUACAUGUGUAAAGGAUAUACCGUUUCACACUCGUAAAUGCGAUGUAAUCGUCGUAGUGUAUUUGAGUUGUCCAAUAUAAACUGGAAUUACUGAAAAA